CUGUUCAGUUGACGGUUACAUUUCAACGCAUUCGCAGGUGGAAAUUUAGUUGACGGAAUAAACUACAUACGCUUGUAUAUGCAUAUAGUAAUACAUAGUAAAACCAACGAAAACGACAACAACAAUAGCAACAUGUGAUGUUUCUGUUCUGUUGCAACAAGCAAUAACAUGCCCAACAUUAAACUCCAAACAAAAGCUGUGUGGUGGAUUUCAAUGUAAACGAAGCGUAUCGAACGCACAUUGCUGCAAAUAUAUUGACGAUGUUGCGGAAAUAAUUAAAAUAACAAAAGUGGUAGAAAAAAAUAUUAAAAAAAAGAGAAUAGUUAGAUUUUUUCAUUGCAAAAUUGGGUUAAGCUAAAAAGCCACAUGCAAAAAUUGAAUAAUUUUCGGAAAAUGUUUACGUACAAAAACAUAUAAUUAAAUACGAAAAUCACUGAAUUACUCAGAAUGUUACUAUGUGAAUUUGUGUAUGUGUACAUGAAAACUAAGUCUGUGCAACAAAGUGAUGAGGAGUUCAAGAGUAACAAGCUGCAAAAACGGUAGCUAAAAUAAAACAAUAUAAACACGAAAAGGCCACACAAGUAUGGUACAUACAAUGAAAGAACAACAAGAAGAGUAAAUGUUAACUUGCUGCGCAACAGCCAAUAAAGGCGCAAAGGGGGCAACAGAGCAACGCGCUUCAUCAAAAGUAAAGUAAAAUAAAAAGCUGCUACCGAGCACUUGAAAGUGGACUGUAACUAAUUUUUGGAAUUCGAGCAGCAACAAUAAAAAAUAUAAAAAAAAGUUAAAUAUAUGCAAGUUGAAAAAUAAUAAUUAUUUUGUAAUAAAAAAUAUUUGUAUCAGUGUUGAGUUGUCUUGCCUGAAUGUAGAACAUUUCAGAACAAAAAAUACUGUUGUUUAACUGAAUUGCAAAAUACACAAUGAGAAUGCAUAUAUAUAUUUAUAAUAUGUAUUAAGAAAUUAAGCAAUAACAAACAGUAGUUUUGUAUAUUACAACAGUACAAGUAACUUAUCGGCAGCGUGGAAUUUGAAAAUUCAAAACAUAUAUUUGUCACGGAAUGUCACGCUUUUUAAACAAGUGAGUUGGACAUUGUUUUUGUGCUCGCCUUACACAACUCUCUUGUCACAGCAGACAUACUGCCGAAUGCACUUGUAAAAACUGAAUGCAACAGUUGCAGCGGCGGCGGCAGCAGCAGUGGCGGUGUCAGCGGCAAACUUGAACUUGAAUGUAGGUCGCACGCAUUUUUACGACUUUCACGCAUAAAAGCGAAACGAAAUGCAACUCAAAUCACAGACAAACAUUGCGACAACCAAAAGUUAAUCAGCGGUGCACAACACACAACAACCAGCAACAGAUACUACAUAUUUCCUCCAGCAGCAACAGCCAACCAGCAGCUGUAAGCAGACGCCAACAACGAAAAUACAGUAUAGUAGCAGUCAACAUGUUGACCGAUUGCAGCAGCAUCCAAGGCUCUACAGCCAGUUCGUCUAGUGACGUUAUGACACUGGCGACUACCGCUUCCUGGUGCGCCAUCAGUAUACCUUCCUCUGCUUCAGCGGCUGCGACGAGUGCACGUCUGCGCAUUUUGCGUCUCAUCAGGCCACAUGCGCGACGCAUUUUGGUCACGCCCGACACCAGUCCGUCUUUUGGGUUCACAGUACGUGGUGGUAAAGAGUUUGGCACCGGAUUUUUCGUCUCGAGCGUGGAACGGAACAGCGAAGCCGAAUUGAAAGGAAUGCGUAUUGGUGACCAAAUUCUGCGAAUUAAUGGAUUUCGCGUAGAUGAUGCCAUUCAUAGGGAAUUAAUUCAAUUCAUAACCAACCAGGAUCGUAUAACGAUGAAAGUGAGAAGUGUGGGAAUGUUGCCGAUCAAAGAAAAAGACAAUGAAAAAUUAUCCUGGCAUGCAGUCAAGGCCUUUACCAAUGGCAGCAGUGCUUCCUCGGAGAGUUCAUACAAAACCCUGCCCGAACGCGAUACACGCAGCAAAGAUAUCAAUAUUACGCUCAAUGUAGCACCUCGCACCAAACUCGGACUGGGCAUCUGCAAAGGGCCCGAAUGGAAACCAGGCAUUUUUGUGCAAUUCACCAAAGAGAAGAGUGUAGCGCGCGAAGCUGGCCUACGCCAAGGCGAUCAAAUACUCAGCGUUAACAGCAUAGACUUCUCCGAUGUACUCUUCAGCGAGGCGGUGGCGGUAAUGAAAAGUGCCAGCAAAUUAGAGAUGGUCAUACGCACAGCUGCCGGAUGUGAUCUGUUUCCGGGUGAGUCAAGUGGCUACAACAGUUCCGCAAGUUCGGUGACAGGCGAUCAGAGCCCGUGCUGGGCGGAUGCAAAGUCAAAACGCUUAACAUCGGUGCGUGAGGAGCCAACUAACGCGCCGUGUUGGAAUGAAUCCGCUUACGCUGAGCAACGUCGACGAGUGGUAGAGCAACAAAGCGGCAGUAAUAAACAACGUAGAGAUGCGCAUGAAAAGAAACCAGUCGGAAGCCAACAGCAAGUCAAUAAGACCAUCAUAAAAUUAUCUGAGCAAGGAACAUCCAUCAAUAAUACAUUUGUCAGUAAUACACAGCCAAUUGCUGCUGGGCGAAAUACGAAUGAAUAUGGUACCCCUAAGGUAAGAAGCAUAGUCGGAGGAGCACACGAAGUGCAGCCGCCAAUACCACCUACGACUGGGGCGAGCUCAAAUAACUCUUCAUAUAUUUCGCGAGAUGAGCGAGAAACUAAAACCGUGGUUGUGGAAGUACAUCGCCAGGAGGCAGAUGAAGCGAAAAGACAACAGCAGCAACUGCAACAAAAACAAUCGCAACAAAUGCAGCAACAGAGAGUUGAUCUGAACAGCCACUAUCGCCACAACGCGCUGCAGCCAACGCAUUCUUUGCCCAACCACUCAGCGUCGAUGAAGCAGCCAGAAUUCCAAAAAUGCCUACGCGCCAAUAGUUGCAGUCAACAGCAACAACAAUUACAACCGCAACAACCACAGCAGCAACAGCAACAAGCCCAUUUACAGAAAUUGCAGCAACAACAAGGCGCACCACAUGGCCGAAACACGUGCCAAGUAGAUAGCAGCUCACUCUCCAGUGCCAUAACCGAAGAGUUGAAAAAACGCAAAGAGCAAAAACAGCGAAUAAAUGCUGCAACAGCCACUAACAAUAGCAGCAACAACAACGACAAUAAUAACACGAAUAGCCACAGCAAUUAUAUGAACAUCGCCAGCAAGCAGAACAAUUACAACCACAGCAGACAACAACAGCAACAGCAGCAUCACCACACGCUCCAUCAGCCACUAUCGCUCAAGGCACAACAACAACAAUCACAUUGCCACUCCACGCCGCUGUCUCCGUCUGCCUCAUCGCUUUCAUUGUCUGCAACACCAACAACACCAAUGUCUACGUCCACUACUGCAACAGCGACUGCGACAGCCGCGUUGAGUGCUCGCGCUACUAGCAACAAUGUUAAUUGCAGCGAGCGCAACAGUCACAGCCACAGUCACAACCACAGCAACAAUAGCAGCAAUCAAAGCGCACCGGCGGCCGGCACCUCUGCAAUUGCUGGUGUUGGCGUCGGCGCUGGGGAUCAGCAUAGCGCCUUAAUGGACGAAUUUAAACGUGCCCACCAACGUAUGUUCAAAAACGGGUUCCAAGAGACUGAACGCAAGGAACGUCAAGAGGCGCUACGCAACACCACCAUGAUGGAGGAUGAUGUAAAUCAUCGUACAAGUCGAAUUUUUCGCAAUGAAAAUGGGCCAACAACAAAUGGCGCACAGUUUCAAAUACCACCACCGCCACCACAAUUCGCCAGCUCACCGCCGCGUACACAACCACAAUACACCAGCACUAACAACAAGUUUUCCCAACAAUCACAAUUGCAACAGAAACCAAUCAACAAUUACAACAACAGCUCGGUGUCACCACUCAAACCACCGACAGAACAACCGCCCAAGCCGCCAGCCACCCCUGUACCCGAUUAUGAUAAUGUGGAAAUACGUACAAAAGCAACAACCAUUAGCAGCAGCGUCAGACCUUCUUAUGCUUACGCCAGUCCCAAUUUAGUCACAAAUGGACGUGAUGCGACCAAUGACAACUCCGGCAAUAGACGCACAAUGCGAGCGGGAACCAUAACAAUCGGGGAAUACGAACAACCGCAACAGCGGCGGGAACCGGCUAAAUUUGAUUUUGUGGGAACAUCAAAACGUAGUAGUAACGGUGCGAUAGACGUGUGCGCAGAUAAUCUGCAAGCGGAACUACAGAGUACGUUGACGCGUUCAAAACUGAAGAAAUCGGCGGAGCCACUGGAGCAUCAAAGUAACUGUCCGCUACGCAAUAGCUACGACAACUAUGAGAAUGUGGCAAGGAAGCUGCAUAGUGUGAGCAUAAACGAGGUAGCCGCAACGGUGCCAGCAGUGAGAAUGAGCAAUGGCAUGCCGAAUGGAGCCACGAAUGGCAUUCUUAAGAAUGGCAAUCGACACAGUGGCGGCGUAAAUGGUGGUCCGAAGAACUCAGAUAAGACUAUCACUUUUGGUAACUGAAAUUGUAAUGGAAUUUUUAAGCAGCGACUGGGCAGCGGAGCUAUGAAUGACAGAUAUAAUAUGUGAAUGUAUGAAGUCCGAGUGGAGGAGAGGUUUGAUUAUGAUGGUUCAAAAUGUAAAAUAAAGCACAAAUGCAUAGCAAGUUCUUAAGAUUUCUAGCCAUAUUGUUAAAUUAUCUAAAUACAUAAACUUACAAAAAUAGUUGUAAUAAAAUCUAAGGGUAUCUUAUAUGGUUUAGUGCUAGGUUUAAGCGCAAAAAAGCUCAAAGUGCUUUUUGAAAAAUAUUAUAAAAUCGUUAUUUUCCAUUUUGGUUUCAUAAAUUUUAUUGGGCGUAUGCUUUUUGUAUGUAUAUCGGUUA